AAAGCCGACCUAAACCUUUGUUCCGGGUAACAGCGUGCAUGUUGCACACCGCGGGACGUUCUGCUGUAAAAUAAUUAGACUUACUACACUCCGUGCAACGUCUUGGUCUCGAUAUGGUGAAAUUAUCUGCGGAGCUGAUUGAGCAGGCUGCUCAAUAUACCAACCCUGUGAGAGACAGAGAGUUGGAUUUACGAGGUUAUAAAAUCCCAGUGCUUGAAAAUCUUGGAGCAACUCUGGACCAGUUUGACACUAUUGACUUCUCUGAUAAUGAAGUCCGAAAACUGGACGGCUUUCCUCUGCUCAGAAGACUGAAAACAUUGUUAAUGAACAACAACAGGAUUUGUCGCAUAGGUGAGAAUUUGGAGCAGUCUCUGCCCGAUUUGAAAGAGCUGAUCCUCACAAGCAACAACAUUCAGGAGCUGGGUGACUUGGACCCACUGGCCACAGUGAAGACACUGAACCUCCUCAGCUUGUUAAGGAAUCCAGUGACAAACAAGAAGCAUUACAGGCUCUAUGUCAUCAACAAAAUCCCACAGAUACGUGUGCUUGACUUCCAGAAGGUAAAGCUCAAGGAACGGCAGGAGGCGGAGAAAAUGUUCAAAGGAAAACGAGGUGCUCAACUUGCAAAGGAUAUUGCCAAGCGAACGAAAACGUUCACUCCUGGAGUGGCAGCACAGCUGGAGAAGAAGAGGGCGGGGCCGUCUCAAGCUGAUGUGGAGGCCAUUAAGAAUGCCAUCGCUAAUGCCUCAUCGCUGGCGGAGGUGGAGAGGUUGAAGGGGAUGCUGCAGGCCGGUCAGAUUCCAGGCCGAGAGCUCAGACAAGGUCCAGCUGGGAUGGUGGAGGAGGAGGAAGAGGAGGAGGAAGAAGAAGAGGAGGGUGCACAGAUGCCACAUAUGGAUGAUGGUACUGGAGAGGAGAUGAAUGAGAGAGCUCAAGAGGAGGAGGAGGAGGAGGAGGAUGAAGAUAUGGAUGUAGAGCCACAUGUUAAUGGCUCCUAAGUACCCUGAAAGCAUGUUUGUUUGUUUUUCUCUUGUUGUAAUUUUCUUGUUUUGGACAUUCAUUUAUCAGGGUGGUUUUGUUUUGUAAAGUGAUGCAAUAAAAAUUGAUUUCUUA